AUGCUGACCACUAGCAAGAAAUAUCCAAAAUGCCUGCAUAACCCUGACUUUGACGACAAAAGCAACACCUCGCUUCAUUUGGCCGCGAUACUAGGCAAUCUUGAAAUUGUCAAGCUGCUGGUCAGCUUGGGCCACGACUCAUGCGAGCCAGAUGUAGCUUUCAUGGACUAUGACCGAGCCCCUGGAAUCAGUUUGAAUACGGAUUCUUCGACACCGCUCCACCUGGCGGCUGCAAAUUCACACGCGGAUUGUGCAGAUUAUCUGGCCUCGGUUUUUAAGCAUUCUAUUGACUGGCAGGAUAAGAACGGAGCUACAGCGCUGAUGCUAGCGUCACAGAGUUCGAACAUUUCAAGCCAGACAUCGAAUACGUCUGCAUUGGUUCCACCGAGACAGAGACCUAGAGCUUCAUCAUCUGCGUCAAAUCCAGCCUCAUUCGAGGACACAAGUACAGUUUCCAAGCUGAUAAAACGGGGAGCCUCUUUAAGCAUGGCUGAUUCAGUGGGUAAUACCGUGCUCCAUUAUGCGAGUGCAUGGGGGAACCUGAAAACCUUUCGACUGCUAGUAUCUGCCGGUGCUCCUCCGUUAGCAAGAAAUCAUGCUAAAUGUGCGCCUGCGGAUUACGCGUUGAGCGUACAGGCGGCAGCAUAUUGUCGGUCUUUGGUGGCUGAAUAUGAACGGGCGAAGAAGGGACAGUAUGAACAGGAUAAACCGAGUCUGAAGGUUAGAUCGAAUGAUAUCCCUCCAGGUGACUCCCACUUGUCUCCGAUAUCUCCGGCAAGCGGUCUUAGACCGAAGAUGAGUCUUGAUAGCCAAAGGACCGCCCAGGCUUAUGGCAUUGGAGGCGUGAGGUUAGUCUCACAGGAUGAGAGUGAUCAGGAGAAUGAGUUGAGACCCUAUGUCUCUUGGAGUAACCCGGGCACCCCGAUCUAA